ACUACACAAACCAAAAACCUCUCUCUUUCUCUCUCUCUCUCUCUCUCACAUAAAGUCUCUCUCAUACACGACUAGCAAUUACUACACCUCUUACGCCCACCAUUAAAUGCAAUUGCACCAUCUCAAUACACUCAGCAAUAACUCUCAUCACUGCCACAUUUUUCUCUCCAUCCGUUAACUCUUUUCUCCUCCUUCAAUUCCUUUGUCUUCUCACCUUCUUCAUCAUCUCCUUCAUCUUCUUCUUCUUCUUUCUCUCUUUAAACUACCUAUACCUUUUUUUAGCUAGACCAUCUAAAAACACUCAUCAAGCCCUUCCCUUAAUUCCUUAAUUAAUUAAUUAAUUACCACUCACCCAACUUUCCAUAACUUCCUCUAAAAAACCUUACUUAUUCAUAUCCAUCUUUCGAAAAGUGUUUCUUCUUUUUACUAGUUUUUGAGUACCAUAGUAGUAGAUCUACAUUUUUUUUUCUUCUUCUAGGUUUUUUCUCUUUGCAACUACCCUUCUUCUUGUGACACAUUAGACUCGUUGAAGACACCGCUAAAGCUGACAAAAAGAAUCUAAGGAAGAAUUCAUUCAUCCUUUCAUUCUUUGAAAGUCCUUUAAAGGAUCUAAGAAGAAGAAAAAACAAAGAGUUUUUUUUUUUUUUUGUUCAUGCAAUUUUGGAUUGUGAAAAUAUGCAAACAAGUUUAAUGAUUCCGGCAAGUAACAUGCCUUCAAUCAUCGGAAGAAACAACAACAACGUUGGUGUCUUUGGUUUUUCUUCAUCUCUCUCUCUUGGCCAGCCAAAUCUAAUGGAAGCUGGACAACAACAUCAUCAUCAACUUCUACCAUUUGAUAUGACAACAAACAACAACAAUACUUCAGAAAGUGAUGUUCCAAGAAUCCGUGAAGAUGAAUUAUUUGAUAGUGCUACAAAAUCUGGUAAUAGUGAAAAUCAAGAAGCUGCUAAUUCAGGCGAUGAUCAAGAUCAACCUCGUGCUAAGAAGAAACGUUACCACCGUCAUACACAGCAUCAGAUCCAAGAAAUGGAAGCUUUUUUUAAGGAAUGUCCUCACCCUGAUGACAAGCAAAGGAAGGAACUAAGCAGAGAGUUAGGGUUAGAGCCAUUGCAAGUGAAGUUUUGGUUUCAAAACAAACGUACUCAAAUGAAGACUCAACAAGAGAGGCAUGAGAAUACUCAACUAAGAACUGAGAAUGAGAAGCUUCGUGCCGAUAACAUGAGGUUUAGAGAAGCGCUUAGCAAUGCUUCUUGUCCUAAUUGUGGUGGUCCAACUGCUAUUGGAGAAAUGUCGUUCGAUGAACAUCACUUAAGGCUCGAAAAUGCUCGCCUUAGAGAAGAGAUUGAUAGGAUAUCAGGCAUUGCUGCGAAGUAUGUCGGGAAGCCAGUGGUCAGUUAUCCACUACUCUCCCCUUCAUCGGUUCCACCUCGUCCUCUAGAACUCGGCAUUGGUGGUUUUGGAGGACAACCAGGAAUUGGUGGAGGAGAUAUGUAUGGAGCCGGAGAUCUUCUUAGGUCAAUAAGUGGACCAACUGAAGCUGAUAAACCAAUGAUAAUUGAGCUAGCUGUUGCUGCAAUGGAAGAACUCAUUGGAAUGGCACAAAUGGGAGAUCCUCUUUGGUUAACUACACUUGAAGGUGGUUCCAUACUCAAUGAAGAAGAAUAUGUUAGGUCUUUUCCUAGAGGAAUUGGUCCAAAACCAGCUGGUUUUAAAUGUGAAGCUUCAAGAGAAACUUCUGUUGUCAUCAUGAAUCAUGUUAACCUUGUUGAGAUCCUCAUGGACGUGAACCAAUGGUCCACAGUUUUUUCUGGAAUUGUUUCAAGAGCAAUGACAUUGGAAGUUCUAUCAACUGGGGUGGCAGGCAACUACAAUGGUGCAUUACAAGUGAUGACAGCAGAACUUCAAGUACCUUCACCACUAGUGCCAACUAGAGAGAGUUAUUUUGUAAGGUAUUGUAAGCAACAUUCUGAUGGUACUUGGGCAGUUGUGGAUGUUUCUUUGGACAAUUUGCGCCCUAGCCCUUCUGCUAGAUGUAGAAGAAGGCCUUCUGGUUGCUUAAUUCAAGAAAUGCCCAAUGGCUACUCAAAGGUUAUAUGGGUGGAGCAUGUAGAAGUGGAUGAUAGAGGUGUUCAUAAUCUAUACAAACAACUUGUUAGCUCAGGACAUGCAUUUGGUGCAAAACGUUGGAUUGCAACCUUAGAUCGACAAUGUGAAAGACUUGCUAGUGCCAUGGCAACCAACAUUCCCACAGUCGAUGUCGGCGUGAUAACAAACCAAGAUGGAAGAAAGAGCAUGUUAAAACUAGCUGAAAGAAUGUGCAUAAGCUUUUGUGCUGGAGUGAGUGCUUCAACAGCACACACGUGGACAACACUUUCGGGUACAGGAGCUGAUGAUGUAAGGGUAAUGACCCGUAAAAGUGUAGAUGACCCAGGAAGACCAGCUGGCAUUGUCCUUAGUGCUGCAACUUCUUUUUGGCUUCCAGUUACACCAAAAAGAGUUUUUGAAUUUCUUAGAGAUGAAAACUCAAGAAGUGAGUGGGAUAUCCUUUCCAAUGGUGGAGUUGUUCAAGAAAUGGCACAUAUUGCCAAUGGAAGAGAUACUGGAAAUUGUGUUUCUCUUCUUCGAGUGAAUAGUGCAAAUUCAAGCCAAAGCAACAUGUUGAUAUUACAAGAGAGUUGCACAGACACAACAGGUUCAUUUGUGAUCUAUGCACCUGUAGACAUAGUUGCAAUGAAUGUGGUACUAAAUGGAGGUGAUCCAGAUUAUGUAGCACUUCUUCCAUCUGGAUUUGCUAUACUUCCUGAUGGUGGUGUUGGUGGUGAAAAUGGAAAUGGUGGAUCUUUAUUAACAGUUGCAUUUCAAAUAUUGGUUGAUUCUGUGCCUACUGCAAAACUUUCACUUGGAUCUGUUGCUACAGUUAAUAAUCUUAUUGCUUGUACUGUUGAAAGGAUUAAGGCUUCUUUGUCAGGUGAAGUUGCUUGACCAUCAAGUCAUCUAAUGGGACAUAAUUAAGUUAAGGAGGGAAAAAGGGUAAGCAUUGCAUUUUGGAUAAUGAAGAGGUUUAAUGAACUUAGGCUUAUAUAAAAAAGGAUGGGAAGAAGUCAAGAGCGCACCUUGCAAGAUUUCCUUCUCAGAACGAUCAACUGAGGACUGAGAGGAUUAAGGUUCGGGAAUUGACUUCCCUAUGUAAUAGUAAAAGCUAUUUUCUCUGCUCUUAAAUAUAAGUAAAAAGUCAAAUGUAUUUAGUUAUAAUUUGAACUUAAUACAUUUAACUUUUUUUAACUUAUAUUUAAAAUCAGAGAGAGUAAGAGCUAUAAUGAAGAUAUUCUCUUCACCUUCUAAGACAAUAUAUCUAUGUAGUCAGUAGUAUCAUUUUGAUUAUGAUUAAGUUGUAGCUUUAAUGUGAUGUAACCUUUUAUGUUCCUUCUAUUGUUAAAAAAAUUGUGCUUUAUUGCUUUAAUUAGAUCAUGCACUACCAUGCAGAGUGGUUAAUUUCUCA